AUGGGGGUUUUUGCAAAGAGAACAAAGACAAAAACACGGAGACGUGUUCGCGACGUCGAUCAGAUCAAGGCCGAUCUCUUGUCCCCUAGGCAUCUCCAGCUAUAUAAGGAGACCAAGGCGGCCGAGGACCUGCCCGGCUUUGGCCGUAAUUACUGCGUUGAAUGUGCCAAGUGGUUUGAGACCGACUCGAGUCUGGUUCUUCACAGAAAGGGAAAGCCUCACAAGAGGAGGCUAAAGCAGUUGCGCGAAGGGCCUUACACUCAUGAGGAGGCGGCUGCUGCCUCACCUGGAGACGUCUCAACGCUCUAG